AUCCCUUCUUUUUGUUUUAUUCAUCUUCUUCGUCCUCGCAGCCGGCAUUAUACACACAACCGUCGGCUGGACUUGCAGGCCGCUCCUAUGGAACGGUGAUCAGACAUGGUGGCUCGUAUUUACUGCUUUCCUCUCGCAACCCUUCUAUUAUGUCCCGCUGCUUCGUCCACAUUCAUAGAAGAAAAGUAGCCGCUUACGGUCAUAGCCCUGUUUUCACCUCCUCGCGCUCUGCUUCUUCAAUUCCACAUUCUCGCCAUGACCCUCUUUUCUUCAAACCCAUUAGCAACCCUCUUCCUCCGUCUUCAAUCCCGUUGCAAAUCUUGGUGGAUCAGUACAAAUCAUCUCAGCUUCACUCCAAUCCUGUACAACGUGAUGAAAAGGUUGAGUAUCUCGCUCGGCGGUACCGGGAUUCUUGCUGCCCAAAAGAUGCGGACGAGCUCCAUUUGCAGGUUUUCAAAAAUGGGUUCGUUAAUGAUUUGUUUUUGUGUAAUACCCUUAUUAAUGUUUAUGCUAGAGUUGGUGAUUUGGGUUCCGCCCGGAAGGUGUUCGACGAAAUGCUCCUUAGGAACUCGGUCACUUGGUCUUGUUUGAUAUCAGGGUAUACUCAAAACAGAAUGCCAAAUGAGGCUUGUGGGCUCUUUAUGAGAAUGGUUGCUGAUGAUUUUAUGCCUAAUCACUAUUCUUUUAGCAGCGCCAUUCGAGCUUGCCAAGAGUGUGGCGAGUAUGGUUUGAAAUUUGGGAUGCAAAUUCAUGGGUUGAUGUCAAAAACUCAGUAUUGCACUGAUGUUACGACAAGUAAUGUUUUGAUAUCGAUGUAUGGAAGUGUUGUGGGCAUGGUUGAUUAUGCCCGUCGUGUUUUUGAUAGCAUAUGGCCCAGAAACUUGAUAUCUUGGAACUCUAUGAUUUCUGUAUAUUGCCAAAGGGGAGAUGCAAUUUCUGCAUUUGAAAUCUUUUCAACUGUGCAGAAGGAAAUCAUGGGAGAUCGUCUCAGACCAAAUGAGUAUACCUUUGGUAGUUUAAUAUCUGCUACCAUUUCUUUUGUCGAUUCUGGUUUGACUUUGCUUAAACAGAUGCUGAGCAUGGUGGAAAAAUCUGGUUUCUCGCAUGAUUUAUAUGUAGGUAGUGCUUUGGUUAGUGGGUUUGCAAAGUUUGGGUCGAUCAAUUAUGCCAAGGAUAUUUUUCAGCGGAUGAGUUAUAGAAAUGCAGUAUCUAUGAAUGGUUUGAUAAUUGGACUGGUUAGACAGAGUAGAGGUGAAGAAGCAGUUGAACUUUUCGCGGAGAUGAAGGAUUCGGUUGAAAUAAACCUUGAUUCUUAUGUGAUUCUUUUGACUGCCUUUCCUGAGUUCUGUGUUCUGGAAGAUGGGAAGAGGAAGGGAAGUGAGGUUCAUGCAUACCUCAUCCGAACAGGCUUACUCAAUGCUAAGAUUGCAAUUGGGAAUGGCCUCAUAAAUAUGUAUGCUAAAUGUGGAGCUAUCAAUGAUGCUUCUACAGUUUUUAGGCUCAUGGACAAUAAGGAUUCAGUCACGUGGAACUCUAUGAUUACCGGUCUGGAUCAAAACGAACACUUUUUAGAUGCAGUUGAAACUUUUCAAGAGAUGAGGAGAACAGUAUUAUUUCCUUCAAAUUUCACAAUGAUUAGUGCUUUAAGUUCCUCUGCAAGCUUAGGAUGGAUCAGGGUUGGAGAACAGUUACAUUGUGAAGGACUUAAACUGGGGCUUGAUUUGGAUGUUUCUGUUUCAAAUGCUCUUUUAGCUUUGUAUGGUGAGGCUGGGUAUGUUGAGGAAUGCCAGAAAGCUUUCUCCUUGAUGCUCAAAUACGAUCAAGUUUCAUGGAACUCUUUGAUUGGAGCUUUAGCAGAUUCAGAGUCAUCAUUGCUUGAAGCUGUGGAAAAUUUCCUGGUUAUGAUGCGGUCCGGAUGGCGUCCUAAUAGAGUAACCUUCAUUAGCAUACUUGCUGCAGUAUCUUCUCUUUCACUUCAUGCACUGGGCAAGCAGAUUCAUGCUUUAGUCUUAAAGCAUAAUGUUGCAGCUGACACUGCUAUAGAGAAUGCACUUUUGGCUUGCUAUGGGAAAUGUGGAGAUAUGAGGGACUGCGAGAAUAUCUUUUCGAGAAUGUCCAAUAGACGGGAUGAAGUGAGUUGGAAUUCCAUGAUUUCGGGUUAUAUACAUAAUGAACUCUUGCCCAAAGCCAUGGACAUGGUCUGGUUUAUGACGCAGAGAGGCCAGAGAUUGGAUGGUUUCACCUUUGCAACUGUGCUUAGUGCUUGUGCAACCAUUGCGACCUUAGAGUGCGGCAUGGAAGUCCAUGGAUGCAGCAUAAGAGCGUGUUUAGAAUCCGAUGUUGUUGUUGGAAGUGCACUUGUAGAUAUGUAUGCAAAAUGUGGAAGAAUAGAUUAUGCUUCAAGGUUCUUUGAACUGAUGCCUGCAAGAAACUUAUAUUCCUGGAACUCCAUGAUUUCGGGGUAUUCACGUCAUGGACAUGGAAGAAAAGCGUUGGAUCUUUUCGCCCGAAUGAAGUUACAUGGUCCACUCCCAGAUCAUGUCACUUUUGUUGGAGUUCUCUCUGCAUGUAGUCAUGUAGGCUUAGUCAAUGAAGGGUUCCGUCAUUUUGAUUCAAUGAGUGAAGUAUACGGAUUAGCUCCCCGAAUGGAGCACUUUUCAUGUAUGGUGGACCUUCUGGGUCGCGCCGGAGAGCUAAACAAGGUGGAGGAUUUCCUCAACAAGAUGCCAGUGAAGCCUAACAUUCUAAUAUGGAGGACAGUCUUAGGGGCAUGUUCCAGAGCCAAUGGUCGCAACACAGCACUCGGGAGGAGAGCAGCCGAAAUGCUGCUGGAAAUGGAACCAAGGAAUGCAGUGAACUAUGUCCUUCUCUCAAACAUGUAUGCUUCAGGUGGGAAGUGGGAAGACGUGGCGAAAACGAGGGUGGCAAUGAGGAAGGCGUUUGUGAAGAAGGAAGCAGGAUGUAGUUGGGUGACAAUGAAGGAUGGCGUUCAUGUGUUUGUUGCAGGAGACAAAUCACACCCUGAAAAGGACUUAAUAUAUGAAAAACUGAAGGAACUGAAUACGAAAAUGAGGCAAGCCGGGUAUGUACCGGAGACUAGAUUCGCACUUUACGACCUCGAAGGGGAGAACAAGGAGGAGCUUCUGAGCUAUCACAGUGAAAAGAUUGCAGUUGCUUUUGUUCUAACUCGUCCAUCAAAAAUGCCUAUAAGAAUAAUGAAGAAUCUCAGAGUUUGUGGGGAUUGCCACUCUGCUUUCAAAUACAUUUCAGCGAUCGUUGGAAGGCAGAUAGUUUUGAGAGAUUCAAAUAGAUUUCAUCACUUCGAGAAUGGCCAAUGUUCAUGUGGGGAUUAUUGGUAGUUCGAUGGUUUGUUGUUUCCUAAUGAAAAACAGCGUUUCAAGGUACUGAAGGACUAACUAAACUCAAAAUUAUGAAAAACAGUAUACUAAUUCUUGAUCCUCUGUGAACUGUGAAUUCUUCAAAUUUUGCUUCCAUUAGUUUGUUUCCCAUUAGUGUUAUACAAAUUCAACCUGAUGCUCGAGGGAAUUUGUUAAAUUGCAUUAAGGAGGGCCUGUAAGUUGCAUAUCUUGAGCAUUGCCUUUGCUGCCGUUAUUGCAUUUUGUCUUACAGGUGCUGUCCGAUGCUCAGUCUGGGGACUUUUCUUUACAUUUGAAUCUCUUCUAUCAAGUAGGUUGAUUUACAACUUGGCUGCUGGUUUAGUUCCUGUAUAUGAAUGAUCAGAUAGACUGUGGCAAAGAGGGCUUGCUAGACACUGAUUGGGACUGAAAGUUUCCAUCACAAUUCUGGUCCCCUGAGAGAAGUGGAUCUAAUGCUGCUGCUGAAACUCAAUGUCCCCCAUACUCACAGAGCAGGUAUUUGGGCUGUAUGGUUCCCAAGAAACAUCUCAUUGUGGAGGUAUGGAUUCCUUUUUACCCCCAUGUUCUCAUAUCAUUUUUCAAGUAGAUUGUGCUCCUUCCACAGGACAUGCAAUUGCGUGGCUGUUAAUGGUAUGGUUGAUAAGCAUGCAGCUAAGGCAUAAUGUUGUUUUGUCUAAUCCUCUCAUAAUAAUAUGUUUGAUACUUGUUUGUUUUGUGUUCUUAAACAACAUAUGUUUGGUAGAUUGGGAAGAGAUUGAGACUUGA